GAUGAGGGUGAUGAUGGGUGGAGGCGGUAGGGGGGGUGGGUAUUUAAUGCAACACACCAUUACAUCUUAGUCAGUUGUGGAACCCAAAGCCUAAGAGAGGAGAGAAAGCGUGAUCACAGCUGAACAAACAACUAACAACAAACAACUAUCAUGCGGGCUGCGGGGCUCCUCUUCAUGGUGUGUCUGGUGGACCUGAACUUGGCCCAAGGGGUCAACCAGUUGCAGUGGUUGGCCCAGCUGCGGGGCCGCUGGCGCCGGCCUCAGGCCCUCUGGGCCAACGGCCAGGACCAAGACUGCCCCCUGGAGUGCGACUGUCCCGCCAAGUACCCCGCCGCCAUGUACUGCCACGGCCGCAACCUGCACCACGUGCCCUACGUCCCCUCGCACAUCAAGUACGUCUACCUGCAGAGGAACCAGAUCACGGGCAUCCAGGACGGGGUGUUCGACAACGCCACCAACCUGGUCUGGCUGGUGCUGUUUCAGAACCGCCUCAACUCCGACAAGAUCGGGAAGAACGUGUUUGGAAAGCUGAGGCAACUGGAACGCCUCUACUUAGAUCACAACGAGCUCAGCCGUGUCCCGUCCAACCUGCCCAAGUCCAUCAAGGAGCUCCGCCUUGGCAACAACCAGAUCUCCAAGAUCCAGGCGGAGUCCUUCGAGGGCAUGACCGAGCUGGCCAGUCUUCAGCUCCAAGCCAACGUCAUCGAGGACGUUGGAGGGGCGUUCAAGGGGCUGAAGUCUCUGGCCGUACUGGACAUGACGAAGAACAACCUUCGCAAGAUGCCCAAGAGCCUUCCGGAGAGCCUCCACCAGCUUUAUCUGGGCUCUAAUAAGAUAGAGAGCGUUCCUGCCGACUUUCUGAGCAUGCAUCCCAAAUUGCAGUUCUUAAGGUUGAGUAGUAACAUGCUAACAGAUGAGGGUAUUCCAUCCAAUGUGUUUAAUGUGAGCACGCUGGUGGAACUGGACCUUUCCCACAACAAACUGGAAAGGAUCCCCAUGUUGAGCAGGGACCUGGAGUACCUCUACCUAGAGGCCAAUCGUAUUAAAGAAUUCUCUUUGAGCAGUUUUUGCAGUGUGGUAGACAUGACCAACUUCUCAAAAUUGAGAGUGCUGCGUUUGGAUGCAAAUAAGAUUAGUGCCAGAGACAUUCCAACUGAAGCCGUCUACUGUUUGCGCCUUGCUGCCUCCAUAAAUGUUUAGGAUCUUCUAUCAUAUCUCAUCAAUUUAUCAAUAGGGAUAUGUCCCAAGGUAACCCGUGCCUUCUAUAAAAGCCUCUAUCAUAAAUUGAUUUAGAACCACGUUACGUCUAUUUCGAUUUUGAACUGUAUCCCAGUUGUGUUUUUAGAUGUUUUCUGACUUUGUUUUUCUGUUUUUCUGUAUGCCACAUGAAAGCCAUAACUAAAUAAGUUAAAUUAAGUGUGUUAUUCACAAAAUCCUUAUCAAAUGUUCAUGUCUUCCCAAGUUAAAAUGUCACUAGUCAUAACUGAUUAUGACAUGGUGAGGAUUAUUUUGGUCCCUUUGCUUCCAUCCUGUGGAGUAAAACAGUCUUACAGCAGGAAAGGAAUGAACUGAUGAUUCUCAUUAGCGUGUUUAAAGGGAAGAGAAAUGUGUUGUGAAGGCUACUUUCUGUGUUUUAAACAUCACUCACAGCUCUUUUUCAUAAUUUAACAAAGUAUCUUCAAUAAAACGGUGAAUUGUAUUUCCAUUUAAAGAAUGUAGCAUAAAAGUAAACAAAUUAAUCGGUGUACGAUUAUAUAUGACAAUAACUAUUAUGCAAAUGUUCAUGUUUUUCUCUCACUAAAUGAAGUGACCAUGUGUCUAUGCAAAUAUGAAGCAUGUGUAGAGCCCUUGGAUAACACCAUCAAUAUAAAUAUCUGACACAGCCAAAUGUUCUCUUUGUUGUGGUAAGCCUAAACUUAAAAACAGCUGUUUCACAGCUCCCUCCAAGUCAGAAAGGUAGAGAGACAGAGGAGAGAGCGACUGAGCAAGAAUUAAAGAAAAAGGAAAGAUAGAAGGAAAGAAGAAAUCAAGAAAGAAAAACAAGAAAAGAAUAGCUUUCUUUCAGAACAGUCUUAACUGUUUUUGGGAAACUUCCAAUUCUUUUUUUUCGCAAAUAGUUGGGAGCCAUGACAAGGGUGGGUUGUUUUCUGUUACACAGAUGCCUUUAAUCUGCUGCAGGAAAAUAAUAAUAGAAAUUUAAAAUAGAUCACCAAAUUAAAAGUAAACAUUUAAAAAUUGCACAUCAACUAUACUUUUAUUUACAAUGAUCAGUAGUAAUCUUUGAAGUUUUUUUUACAAUCCACUCCUCACAUAUUUUUGGACUUUCGAGGGAUUUGUCUUGUGACAGGGAUACAAUAUAGGCUUUAGGCCCCACACAUGUACAUGAUCACAUGUAGCAGCCAUUUCCACAAAAAAGGUCAGGGAUGUAAUCCUCUGGGAUCCACAUGUCAUGCUAUCACUAUGAAAACAAAACAGUUGUUAGGCAACAUAAUGCUCACCUGUCUGAAAGACAGCAUUAUAAACCCCUUUAUCCUUUAAGAAUCAGAAACGCCACAUUCCAUUAUUUUUUACUGCCUAUAAUAACAAUGUAUUGUUGCCAGGCUUUGAUCGUGGUUUACGUAAUCCAAAGUAUUAAACAUUUAAUACAAAGUUGAA